CAGUCGUCACCGGCCGAGGUCAGAGGAGCUGCUGCGGAGGUAAUAACCUCUAAAUGUUCCCUGGUAGGACUUACACCUUCAAACUAUCAUAUUCAUGGCAGGGGAAUAGUGAACAGGACAACAUCGUUCCCAAGCCAUGGACAGACUGCCAUAAUGACACAUGAGACACUCAAAAGCUCCCAGCUGUCUGUAAAGGCUGCUGCCCUGCGCAUGGUUGACCUACCGAUGUCCGUCUGCAGCUCCCUGUCACAGGUGACUGUCAGCACAGGCACAAAGAAAUUGGUUGCUGCCACUGCUUUUGGUACCAUAUCAAUCCUCCUCCUCGCUCGCCGAUUCCAGAGGAGGAAGGGCAGAAAGAAGACUCACUCACAGGCUUUUGAGUUUUUCUUCCAAGACUCAGCAGAGAAUGAUAACACGAGUCAAAAUAUCACUCUCUCCCUCAACUCCAACCACGGCUGCUCCUCCGGUUCUGGUCUGGUUCUCACCACCAGGGAUUAUAAGAGACUGUCUGGGUCUCUGCUGAGCCUGGACUCGGUAAGAAGUGCAAACUCCUCCAGCAGCAGUACCUGUGCUAACGAAUCCACUUGCUGGGACAGGGGGGAGGAUGCUGAUGUUUGCAGUGUGGUCAACUUAUCCGUGACCACGCCUGAAAACUUGUACCUUAUGGGUAUGGAUUUAUUUGAGGAAGCGCUGCGGCGAUGGGAGGAAGCACUGACAUUCAGGAGCAGACUGGCGGAGCCUGAGGACGAUGAAAUCUGCGCCUCCCUCAAAACAGCUAGAGACUCCAUCGCUGAGCAGAGCAUGGAAGUCAGAGAAGAUGUCAUCAGCGCUGAGUUCAUCCACAGGCUGAAGAGUCUGCUGCAGCGGGCGUACCACCUGCAGGAGGAGUUUGAGGGAGUGUUGGGCCCUUCGGAGCUUUCAUCCAACAGCAGAAGCCCAGAUCAAAUGGCCGACCUUUUGGCCCGAGACGAGCUGGAUGACACGUGUCUGAGAGACAGCAUCAGCAUCGCCUCCAACGACUCCUUUGUUUCUGCUGCUGAGCUUUCAGAGCACCGAGAGCUGAGGAGCGUUUUUGUUCUGGGCCACCACCCUCUCUACGAGGAGGCGCUGCAGAUGGCUGAAGAGGGCAAGAUCUCCUGCAGAGUCCUGAGAACUGUAAUACUGGAGUGUCUAAGCGACGUGGAUUUCCUGGCCAAGUUGCACUGCGUGCGGCAAGCAUGUCAGCGGAUUUUGUCUGAGAGGGCCACCAGGGUGUUUUUGGCCGACGUAGGAAAGAAAAUACUGUCUUCCAUCAUAGUUAAAGCUAAAAAGAGCCCAAAGAGAUUUGAGGAAGCGUUUGAGGAAAUGAUUUCCUUCCUUGAGCACACGGAGCACUGGGACGACACCGAGGUGGAGCUGGCUGCUCGAGGGGUUAAACACUUGAACUUCUACGACAUUGUGCUGGACUUUAUCUUGAUGGACUCCUUUGAGGACCUGGAGAAUCCUCCCGUCUCCAUCCAGAACGUGAUCAACAACCGCUGGCUCAACAGCUCCUUCAAAGAGACGGCGGUGGCAUCCAGCUGUUGGUCCGUACUGAAGCAGAAGAGGCAACACAUGAAGUUUCCCGACGGCUUCAUCGCCCAAUUCUAUGUCGUCUGUGAACAAAUCAGCCCCGUUCUGGCCUGGGGCUUCCUGGGCCCGAAGAGCUCCCUGCAGGACUUCUGCUGCUUCUUCAAGGACCAGGUGCUGCACUUCCUGAAGGACGUCUUUGAUCUGGAUAAAGUGCGUUACUCCUCAGUGGAGAGUCUAGCAGAGGACAUGCUCUGCCUGCUGCACCGCCGCUCCGAGCUGCUGCUGGCCUACGUGGGAGCCGACUCAACCCGGCCCUCCAACGCCUGCAAUUCCCCGCAGGUGCAGCUGGUUCCCAGUGCUCUGCUGGAGGCACCGGUGCAGUGAGAGGACACACUCAGCUUUUACCGUAGGGCGAGUUCAAAUCAACCGUUGGACCAAAGAAGACUAUCCGCAGAUGUGAGCGCACCUCCGGUCUGUGUUGUGACCGUUUCAAAACAUGAAAUGUAAACCACUGACCGUCUCACAGUCAGUCACAUCGGCCGUCAUCCUUUGCGCUUCUGUGGAUGUGGAUAGAUGUAAGCUGCAUGAGCUGCCUGCCUUCACAAAUGUUGACCGUGUCUGAUGUGGCCUCUCCCGCGCCGCCUUUCAGUGCCAUGGCAGCGCAUCACUUUGCAAUAUCAUAGCAAUAAUAUUUGUAACUUAGACUUGAAGGGUGUUUUUUUGUGAAGUUAAAAGCAGUUUGACACUAAAAGAAGGUAUUUUACCUUAUUUAUUUUAUCAGAAAGCUAAGAGACAAGUACUCAGCAUUAGUUGUGCCUGUUGUCUUCAGUGGAUUGGUGGUAAGCUUCAUGUAGAGUAGAUCUACUGAGCACGCGCAGCUCUCAAGGCCAGUCGAGGAAGAGAAUAUGCAUCAGGGCUGCGCAGCUCUUCAGCCGCUGAAGGACUUUGUGCCAUUGUGUGUCAAUGUGAGCAAGUUAAAAAGCCUUACCGUGACUGCACAAACUCGAGCCUCGUCUUUGUCACUGAAUGUCCGAGUCUGUAUUUGCCAUUUUGUGUAUUUUGAAUAACUGUAUACUCAGCAUUCUGCUCAUCGGUCACUGCCAUGUACGAACUAAAACUCAAAUAUGGACAUAAAUGUGAUCACCUCUGGAUUUCCUCAAUUUUAAGUUUGACUUAAAAGCUUAAACCCACCCUGGUGCGUAUAUUGUCACUGAUCAGCUGUCCAUGUGGGAAGAGACCUUCUGAUCAAAUGUGCAGUUUUCAAAUUUAAUUGUAAAGUGGAUGAGAUUCAUUAAAAUAAAGUACAUAUUUUAUUUAGUACCCAGCCCUGUGUACGGCUUAUGAUCCAUCAGCUCACACACUUGAGCUGCAACAUUGAUUUUGUGGAGUUUAACUUAGCAGGGCCAGUCAAGAUGUUAAUUGGCCUUAUAAAUUUGCCAGAAUUAUGCGUCAAUCGCAUCUUUACAUGCAUACACUAAAAUUUAUCAAAUGGGGAGGAUGGAUGUGUUCAUGGACAGACUGAACAUUUCAAUAUACGCAUCAGGUGUUAUUUCGAGGCUGACUGGGUCCUUUUGUGCACGAGAAGGGUGUGUGACUCUUAUUUUAUACAUAAAUUAAAAGACUUAAAAAAAAACCAGAUUUGCUUUGAUUUGUUUUUAUCCCUCAAUGUGAAACUCAAAACACAUUAUCCCAGUUUGUAACAAUUUUAUUGAUGAACAUGGCAACAUUUCAACAGUUGAGUUAAAAAAAACAAACAGAAAAACUAUAGAUUUAAUACACAACACAUGAAACCUUGAUUACCUCUAAGGCAUGCUCCUUGUUUUGUCGUCUACACCCCCUCGAACUCUGUGUUGAAACACUGACCAUUUGACAUGUAUAAAGUGGACAGCCUCAAAUCAACCCUUAUACUACAGAAAGUGAUUUUGAACCGUAAACCUCAAGUUUGCUGCCAAUAAAAACUGCAUGGGUCAUUGAUGUAGAUCAGCUCCUGCUCUCAUCCAACUUCAAGAAGUUGUUUUAAAAAAAGUACAGUGUAGAUGAAGGCAUAAACAAAACUAUGGCAUCAUGUGAUUUGUUUUU